AUGGGGGAGUUGGCCCCUAAAUCUGUGCAGUCUAUUGUUUCAUUGCCACCUUCUGCAUCAACCCCUCCUCCAUCGAUUCCGGUCUUGGAGCAGGUUGUGCCUCAUGUAUCCUCAUCAUCAGGGAUUGAGGCUAACCCUGCUCCCUCGAAUAGACCUCUACGUCCACCUAGGACCGUGCAACCUCCAAUGAUGCCUAUUGUUCCUACGACUGCACCCAGUGUAGCCAAGGGAAAGGCACUCAUAUUGUCAAAGUCCAUGACCUGGCCUCCCUUCGAGCUCCCGAUCAUGGCUGAUAUUCCUCGACCCUCUCAUUAUGAAAAAAUGAAGCGCUCUUCUCGUGUCUCUUUGUCAUAG